GCCACUUUAUUCCCCAAACUCCAAAACCCUUCCUCCCUGUUUCGAAAUCCUUCACCGGCGACUUAAUAACAUUAACAAUGGCGGAAGAGGCGGUGACGUCAUCAUCCACCGCUCUGUUGAAGGACGACAAACCUAAACUUGUGGUCGUUAGGGUUAAACGGAAGAGCUACCAGUCUCCACUCGAAGCUUUUUGGCUCGAAAUCAACGAAAGACCUGUGAAGCGUCCGUUGCUGGAUUUUGCGAAGCUAUCUAUCAAUGAUUCAGCUUCCAAAGCUGAGGAAUUGAAGCCUAAGAAGUUUUUUGUACAACAUGUGGAUACUGUGAGCAGCUCUGACGUUGCUGUUGAUAUUCUUCAGUCAUUUGUUGCUAGUAAGCCUGAUUCUGCUGAUCCGCUUAAUUCUAAAGCAAAAGUUGAGGACCAGAGGCGUAGUAAUAAGACUGAUAAUAAACAGAAGCAGCUGCUGGUAAAAGCUAAAGAAACACAAGAGCUUUUGGCUAAGAAUGCUCGUUUUAAGCAAAUAUGGAAAAGCCGAAAGGGGACAGACACUGCUGUAUCUGAUGAUGCACUGCAUGACAUGUGCCGUCUGUAUGAUGUUGAGCGUGUGGAUGUUGGGGAGACCAGUGCGGUACAUGAACAAGAAGACGAAGAGGAUCUGAGACUAAUGUACAGUUUCUUGCCUCUAUUACAAGAGUUCGUUCCAAGUGCUGCAGAGGAAAUUGAAUCUGAUAUCGAUUAUCACACGAUAAAACAAGCGUCAAAGGAUGACUAUGUAUACGAUUUGUAUGCUGUCAAGGAUGACAGUAUCAGCAUGAUGGAGGAAAACGCUUCGUCCCCAUUUCCAUUUGUUAAAGUUGACGACGAUGAUGAUUUCUAUGACGGCCCAGAUAAUUCAGACUACGCAACUGAUGAUUCUAACGCUGAAGACAACCCUCUGAAUGAUUAUCCUGAUGAAGAAGAAGACGAAGAUGAGGAUGAAGAUAGUAGUAAAAGCAGUGAAGAAAACUCGGAGGAAGAUGAGAGUGAAUCGUCAAGAUCUGAAGCGAUAAGAGACCAAGAUCUGUCAGACGAUGAUAUGCUGAUGAAUGACGAUGAAGAUUACGAGGAUGAUGAUGAUGAAGAGGAUGAGAGUUAUUGGUAAAGAGUUGUGUUUGGCAACGAGGUUAGAGUUACUUGUGAUUGUAUAUGAAAUGCGUUAUUGAUAAUACCUAGUUCGCGUAGACCAAAAGUAGUUGGAUAUUGGUGGCAUGUUCUUGUCCUAUUCCUUUGUGAAACCUUAGGGAUUAUAAUGUGGAUGGUUUUGAUCAAUUUACUGAUUUGGGUUUUUUUUU